CGCUCAAGUCCUUGGUCUCGCCUGGUUUUCUGUCCUAUUUUCAGUGUAUUUACCAGUGAAUGACUUGAAAUAACUGCGGUAAAUAUCAGCUUGGAAAAAAAGCGUAAAUUGUCUUGAUUUUUAGCGGAGUUACACGUUCACGACACGAUCGAGAUACGAUUCCCAAGAAUUUUUGCUUUAACGAGGAUCUACAUAAACACUGAAGAUUGGAUCCAAGACUCCAUUUAUUCAAGUACACUCAUAGAUGCACUGAGAAGUUUCUGGGGAAUAUUUACAGAACUCACAACAAUCAAAGCAAUCUGUCGUUGUCGAGAUGGGAAUCAUUUUCGAAAUUCUGAAGCACUGUGUCAGCAAAGAAAAAAGAAGAUUCACAGAUGAUGGAUUUGACCUUGAUCUAACUUAUAUUAAACCAAAUAUAGUGGCAAUGGGUUUUCCAUCAGAUAAUCUUGAAGGAGUGUAUAGAAAUCACAUUGAUGAGGUCCUAAGAUUUCUGGAAACAAGGCAUAAAGAUCACUACAAGGUUUACAAUUUAUGUUCUGAAAGAAACUAUGAUCCAAUCAAGUUUAAAAACAGAGUUGCCACCUACCCAUUUGACGACCACAAUGCACCUCCAUUUGAGCUGAUUGAGCCGUUUUGUGUUGAUGUGCAUGAAUUUCUGAAUGAGAGUGAGCAGAAUGUAGCUUUUAUUCACUGCAAAGCUGGCAAGGGCCGGACAGGAGUUAUGAUAUGUGCAUAUUUGCUUCACAAUAAACAUUUUUUUGAGAGUGAUGGGGCACUAAAGUAUUAUGGAGAAGCAAGAACAAGAAAUGCAAAAGGUGUAACAAUUCCCAGUCAAAGGAGAUAUGUUCUUUACUACAAUCAUCUUCUUACACAUGGACUGGAGUAUACUCGCACAAUGGUAUUACUGAAGAAAAUUGAGAUGCUUUCUGAUCAAACCCUCUUAAACACCUUUAAUCCAUAUUACAUCAUUUGGCAACAGAAGGUGAACCUUUAUCAGUCUAAAGUUACUGAGGGAAGGAAAUGUGACAAAGGAUUUAUGUUUGAGCCGAGUCAACCAAUUCCAAUUUGUGGUGACAUCAAGAUAGAAUUCUUCCAUAAAGACAUGUUUAAAAAGGAGAGACUUUUCCAGUUUUGGUUUAACACAUUCUUCAUAAGUCAAGCUGCUUGGACAGAGGAAAUCCAGGAAGAUGAGCCAACUCUUCAUACGUUUGAACUUGAUCCUAAUCUACGCUAUUUUGACAUUGGAAAGGAUAAUCUUGACAAAGCACACAAAGAUGCCAAAGAGAAGAUGUUUAAGUCAGAUUUUAGGAUUCGUGUCACAUUUUCAGAAGUCACAAUGACGCGGGUAGCAAGUGUAGAAAGUGCAGCAAAUGCAGCAAGUGCAUCAGUUUCAUCAAAUGCAUCAAGUGCAUCAUUGCCUAGGAAACAUGUACGGGGGUUAUCAUCAAAGACCUCGAAAAGUCGCUCUAUGGAUUCACUAGAAACUGUUGGUCAGGAAAAUGCAGAGGAUGACUUUUCAGACUCUGACACUGAGGUGAAGUGGGAUUUAGAAGACCAAAGGAGCUCUGUAGUUGAAUAUGUUUAAAAAAUAGAAAUCUGGUAGUUCUGAGGAAAUUUCUAGGACCAUAAAUUAUAAUUUUUGUAAUAAAUAGGCCAGUAUGACUUUGUUUUGGCAGUAUUAGGUGAGUUUAAUGUACUUGUACAUUGUUUGAAAUAUAGCAAUUCAAAACUACAUGUUAUGUGAGUAGAUACAGUACUUCAUCAGGAUGCCUGUACAUAUAUUCUAACUCUGAAUCUCUUACGGAUAGAAAUAAUAUUGUUUUUGUGCGAUACUGGUUGGAUUUAGUACCCUGUUUCCAAAAGGUCCUUUACUGUUCACUUUUGAUCAUUUGGUGGCCAGUGGAAAGGAGAAAAUUUUGGCAGCAUAAUUUACUAAUUUGGUGACUUGAUUGACUACAAUAACAUGCUUGUCUGGUAGUUAUUCCUAUGGUCACCAAAAGGUUUGCUUUUUACAUUUGUUAUUGCUUGUUUUCAUGGAAACUUGGCUAUGUGAAAAAGAAAUAGAUAUAUUUUGUCAUGUUAAAUGUUGUGACUUUGUUUAUAAAAAUUAUUUUGAAGGAACUUGAUUUCACCAAAAAAAAAAAAAAAAAGGUUGUGAAGAGCUGAUCCACGUGAAAAAACUAAGGCAGCAAAAUUUUAUCAUGUUAUUUUGGAGUAAAGUAUUCAACAGUGCUGUAUCUGUAAACUGUGAUUACAAGAUAGAUUUAUUUUAAAAAUUUAUCUCUUUUUUACACUGAAAGUAUAACUUGGUUUAUAGAAGCUCUUGAAACAGACUGCAGAGUCAGUUUCUUUUUGUAAUCAUAAAAAACAUGUAUCAAAACAUUUAGUAUUCUUAUGAAUUCAUCUUUGUAAGAUUUUCCUUCAUCUUUUUAUGUUUUGUUUUUGUAAAUGAUCGAAUGUCAGGUGGCAUUGAAAUAAGUACUGAUAAAUAGUUUUUUUUCAUAUAAUUAAAGUAAUUGAAUUGGACCAUUUUGUACAUCUCAGUAAAAGGAAAAUAUAUAGUUUGUUUAUUUGUGUGCCUAUGCAACAUUUACUGGACAAAAAUGUAAAUUAUUUGUUGGAGAUCACUUUUCAUACUUACAUUCCAAGGGUGGAUCCAGGAUUUAGUGAAGGUGGAUUUGGAUAAAUGUCUACUGAAAGGUGGAGAAUUCCAGGGUGAAGGUGUUAAAAAAGUUAUGAAGUGUUUUAAGGGAUAAUUGCAGAAAAAAAACUGAGGAAUAGGCAUGUGUUUCAAUGUUUUUCAGGUCAGUGUUGGGGGGUGUUACCAAACCACCUAAACCACCUCUGGAUCUGUCCCAGCAUUCUAGGCAUGAGUGUAAAUCUCAGUGCAACUGUUUUCUUUAUCCUCUAUCUGGUAUAGCUGAAGGUUCCAAUAUUACACUUUUAAUCAACAUGAUAAUGACCAUUCCCCAAGGCUUAAUGGCCACCAAAAAGGAUAAUCCUUUACUAAAAGGGAAUGAAAAAGUGUAGUUUCCUAAAUGGUUUAUUCCAUAAUUAGCUCACUCUCAGUCUGUGAUUUUAGACUUGUCUCAUGAGGAGAAUUUUACAAAAGCAUUACGGAGUUUUUUUUUUUCUUAUUUUUUUGGAUUCCCCAAUUAGCUUCUAAAGUGGCAAAGAUUUCAAUGUGCAUUGAAUAUCAAUAAAAUAUUUGCAAUGUUCCUAUGAUGGGGUCACCAAAAAGCAAAUAGGUGUCUCAAAAGAAGAUGAAACUCUUGAAAAGUUUUCAAGAUUUCAAUUGUCAUUGGAUAUGUGUUAUGCCUUUAUUUUCAUCUAUUAGUUGAGGUGUAAAUAAUUGAGUGAAUAAUAUGUAAAUACCUCAUCUUCAGUUAGCCUACCAGCAGGCACUCAUUAUUAGGUUGAGACCUUGACCACAGCCAGCAAAGAAUCUGGUACUUCUAGUGCAAUAUCUCUCACAGACCUUUCCCAGCUCACCACAAACUUUUUAACCAUUUAACUCCCAGAUCAAACUUGUAAUUCUUCUCACUGUCGGUCAUACAAUUCUUAUAAUGUUAAUUCAGAGAAUGUAGUAUUGGAUCAACUAGUUAUCUCCAAAUUGAUAGUUUUCUUUAUUCUCACUACUUAUCUGCUUGAUAAUGUAUUGAUCUUGUAAGGAGAAAUUCUGUCUUGAACACUCAUGGGAGUUAAAAGGUUAAAAGGCAAAGAAAUGCUUGUCUCACAGUGUUAGUCAUGAUGACCUUCUUGUUGGCUAUUCCUAAUUUUUUCAAUGGAAAUCCUUUGGAAAACAAUCAGAGAUUUUUUUUGAUAUGAUAACAAAUUCUGAGCAGUAUAUUAGUAAGGUUUGAUUGCUAGCCAGUGAGAUGUAGCUGUCAGAACCGAAACUAUUUAAAUUUUACUCUCACUAGGUAGCCAUUGUCUUGCUAUUAUUUUUAAAUAAAAAGUCAAUGAAAGAAACAUGCUUAACCAUUAAGUUUCUUUCAAAAUAGAUAUUAUGUUGUUGUACAUCCCAUUGCAACACGUUU